AAUAAAUUAUUCAUAGCAAUUCUUUUUUUAACUAGACUUAAUCUUGUAUUUAUUGUUCAUUUUACUAUUAAUAGGAGAUAUUAUAUAAAAAAUUAUCCAAGCAUCACAAUUAUUUUCAGGGUAAUAAAUAAAUCGUUCGAUUAAUAUUUUAUCGCACAAAUACAUUCUUAUUAUAUAAUUUUCGGUGCUACUCUUCUGUUAGUUUUUAUAAUAUGUUAACAUAAUGCCAGUGUGAAAGAUCCAUUAAUUUAAACUAAUAAAAUGAUAAUUAAUAUGAUAAUUUUUCUAGAUUACACGAUAAUUUCUCGUUUUCCUAUACAUUUCUUUUUUCGUGAUUAUCUCGCUGAGUACCAUGGCAGCUUUAAAUGGUUCAAAUUUUCUUGAUCAAAUAAUUAAUGAAAGGAUAGAGGAUUCACAUUAAUAUUGUGUUUAUAUGCGGAUUUUUAUCUUAAUACGGCGUUUCAUAAUUGAAUGUCUCCGGUGAGAUAACGAUUAUUUCAUUUAGUAUCUGUGAAUACCUGGUGUAGAUUUGACUACAAGUUCCCACCUGAAUUACUAUGAAGAAACUAUAUUUAGCCACGAUUGCUAGUAACUUGGGCAUGCUAUCUUAUGGUCUUUGUUUCGGCUGGGCCUCGCCAUCGUUACCCGUUUUAUUGCAAGAUGAUAAUCCUAUACGUUUAACCCCACAACAAGCUACAUGGGUUACAUCGUUUCAGACCAUUGGUGGAACCAUUGGUUCGCUUCUCUGUUAUUUCAUUUUAAACGUGAUCGGUCGAAAAUGGUCCCUACUCCUGACCGCGGUACCAGCGGUCAUAGGAUGGAUGAUGAUCGCUCUAGCGACAUCGGCAUGGGAAUUGAUGGCUGGAAGAUUCACGUACGGUUUGAGCACCGGUUACGGCUACAUAGCCGCCACCGUAUACAUGGGUGAAAUAUCACCGGCUAACAUACGUGGGAUAUUAACAUCCACGUUAACCAUAGCUUCGAAGCUCGGUGUGUUCAUCGAAUGGACGAUAGGUCCGUUUCUUUCAUUGAGAAACUUGGCACUGGUGUCUUCGUUAGGACCUAUUAUCUUCUUCUUCAGCGUUCUAUGGGUACCGGAGUCCCCUUAUCAAUUGAUGCGAUCCGAAAGACACCACCAGGCGAUUAAGUCACUUAUGCAAUUAAGAGGAAGCACGGAUGUUUCCGUCGAGGCUGAUGCCAUUGAAAAAUCGGUCAAGAUAGAUCUUGCCAAUGACACAGGUUUAUGGGAAUUGUUGAGAGUGUCUGGCAAUCGAAAAGCGUUAUUUAUCGUAUUGGGUCUGGUGAUAAUUCAGCAAUGGAGCGGUAGCCAGGCGAUAAUGUCUUACGCCGAAUUAAUUUUCAACGCGACAGGUGACCAACUGCAAGGUAAAUACGUGACCAUGAUAUUGGGUGCUAUCCAAGUAGUAUGCACUAUAUUUGGCACGACCGUGGUGGAUCGGUUCGGUAGGAGGCCGUUGCUAAUGAUAUCCGCCUUCGGCACUUCCGUCUCGACUUUUCUCGUCGGUUUAUUUUUCUUCCUUCAAAAUAACGAAACGGACGUCGGCAUGAUUACUUGGUUGCCCGCUACGGGAUCGAUACUUUACGUGAUCAUGUAUGCCUUCGGCUUGGCCGCGCUUCCGUUCACCGUGAUGAGCGAAGUUUUUCCUACGAACGUUAAGGCUCUCGGUACAGGAAUCGGGAUGUUCGUUUGCAAUGGUUCCGCUGUUAUAGUCACAUCAAUUUAUCAAAGUAUCGUAGAACAAUAUGGUAUACACGCUGCUUUCUGGCUGUUCUCUACGAUCAGUCUUUCAGGGGUCGUUUUUGUAUUUUAUUACAUGCCCGAGACGAAGGGGAAAACGUUACAGGAGGUGCAGGAGCAAUUGCAUGGACGAUAAUUAUUGUAAAUAUUAUUAAGAAAUUUCGUCUUUGAAUUUAAAGAGCGGGAAUAUAACAGGAGAAUUGAAAGAAUAUGAAACUCUUGUUUCGUGAGUGAUUAUUAAAUGAACGUGAAAUAUUAAUUAAUAGUAAAUUAACGGUUCGUGCGUAUUUUGAUAAUAACGAGAAUUUGAGUAAUUAACGAUAAACGAUUUGUUUAGAUUAUGUAAAUCGCUGUCUGAUCCACGCUGCUCGUUACUACUGAUGCUAAUUGCAUGCAAGCUAUUACUACUGACAGUAGUCAUUUCCCGAUGUUGAUCAGACGUAUAAUACAUGUGUCACGUGUAGUUACAUAAUUAACAAAUUGUUAUUCUAUUCAUGUUUCCACCCUUAUUAAUGUUUCAUCGCCUGAUUGUGUUAUAAGAUUAUUUAGUAAAUUAUUCAAAAAUUUAAUUGUAUAAAUUCUACGUUGAAUAUUUGGAAAAAAUUAUUUCAAUAUAGAAGCUCGAGGAACGGUGCGUUAUUAAAAAAUUUUAGAAGAUUAUUCCAUCACUGUUACCGUUUUCUUUUUUCAAUUUUAAAUUGAAAAUAAAAAAGCACCGUUUACUCGGAACAAACGAAUUAAUACCUUUACACGAUAUAUCGCGAAUAACAGGCUAAUAUUCGCAUAUAAGCAUGUUUCUCUGUAUGAUAAAAAUAUUGUGCAGAUGAAAUUUCUCCGAACUAACUGAACGUAAAGAGAUAAAUAUUCGACGUGGAAAAUGAAAUACCGUCAGGUAGCUUGCAGCUCGUAUUAAUUAUCAUGCAAACAAUCAAUUUCGUUACCUACAGUGUAAAUUGCAAAUAAAUAGAUGACCGUUCGAGAUCUGCACGCGAAAGAUGAUUACGAAUACCGUUUUAUUUGCAUUUUAUCUGUAGGUACUUACCACC